UAGGCCAACACAGAUGGAUGGAAACCACCACAAAUAUCCAUCUCCAAAGUGUUCAUCUUCGCUUUAAGACCAGCUGCUAUACAGAAAAUUAGGUCAUUUUCCUUGAGCAAAAAUCUCAACACAUAGCUUCCUCUUCCUCUUAAUCCAUGGAUACUUCUCAGUUCCCACAGGUGAUUGGAUUGGUUAAAGCCAUGGAAGCUUCAAGGUCUGCUACUUUAGAGAGGAAGCUUGUUAGGCCUCAAAAGGAUCAAGCUUUGAAUUGUCCAAGGUGCAAUUCAACCAACACAAAAUUCUGUUAUUACAACAAUUAUAGUCUCUCUCAGCCAAGAUACUUCUGCAAAACUUGUAGAAGAUACUGGACUGAAGGUGGUUCUCUGAGAAAUGUUCCUGUAGGUGGAGGUUCAAGAAAGAACAAGAGACCAUCAUCAUCAAAGAAUCUUCCUGAUCUCACCAACCCACAACCUUCUGAUCAAAACCCUAAGAUCUAUCAAGCUAGAGAUCUCAACUUAGCUUAUCCUCCUCCAAAUGAAGAUUAUGGCAAAACCCAGAAUCUAAAACCUAGCAAUUUAUCAUCAUCAUCGACACCACAUCAUCAUCAUCAUAUGGCAGCCAUGGAGCUUCUCAAGACUGGGAUGAGUCCGAGGGGAUUGGAUUCUUUCAUGUGCAUGCCUGUAGCUGAUUCUAACCCAGUUUACUCAUCCGGGUUUUCUUUGCAAGAAUUCAAGCCAACUGUUAAUUUUUUCUUGCAAGGGUUUGAAAACAGUAAUGGGUAUGAGAGUAUUCAUGGGGUGCAAGAAAAUGGUGCAAAGCUCUUGUUUCCAAUGGAGGAGUUGAAGCCAGUUCAAGCAAAUACUGAUCAAUAUGAUCAAAAUAGAAGGCAAGGUGAUCAUACAACUACUGGGUUUUGGAAUGGAAUGUAUUAGUUUUUGCAUGAAAAUAAUUGGUAUUUUCUAUAAUUUUCUUCCUUUUUCUCUUAUUUUCUUUCACUUGGUGAAUGUUAAUAAAAAAAAAACUAACUGAUAGGGCACAUGGGUUGCUUUCCUGCUUUGAAUUUGAACUUGAAUUUCCUUGUUUUUUGAAGCUUUAUUUUGGGUUGGCUGGCCAGUUUCAUAAGAGCCAAGGUGAUGAAGUCCUCUUUCUCCUCUCUCCUCUCUCCUCUCUACUCUCUAGGGCUAUAUUUACAGCAAGAAGUUAUAUUAGCUAGGCAUUGUUUGAGAGAGAGAGAGAGAGAGAGAUUUUUAAUGCUCAUGUUCAUGUAAGUAGCAGUUUGAUUAAGAGACAGGAAAUUUUAUAUAUAUAGAGUUGUUUAAUUUGUUUA